AAAAUGUCACUGCAUCGAAUCGUCGAAGCCCAACGCGCCUAUUUUAACACCGGAGCCACAAAACCAGCAGAGUUUAGAAAGGAGCAGCUCCUUCAAUUGAAAAAGCUGAUCGAAGAGAAUAGAGCGGCUUUGACUGAGGUUGUCUGGAAGGAUUUGAGAAGACGCCAUGAAGUCACUGAGCCCAUGGAGCUUGGCGGAAGCCUCGAGGAAAUUGCCUACUACCUAAAAAACCUUGACGAUUGGAUGAAGCCAACAUAUGUUGAGCCAACUGUUGCAACUCUCCCUACUGAUAAACCCUACAUUGUCAAGGAUCCAAAAGGAGUCGUACUUGUAAUUUCGCCAUGGAACUACCCAGUAUCCAUGGUUCUAUUGCCCAUGAUUCCAUCAAUUGCCGCUGGAAAUACCAUUGUGAUCAAGCCAUCUGAGUUGUCUGAAAAUACUGCGAUUCUGUUCGAAAAGCUUAUUCCAAAAUAUUUCGAUCCAAAGUAUGUUACAAUUGUCAAUGGAGGAAUUCCGGAAACCACUGAACUUCUGAAAGAACGAUUUGAUCAUAUUAUCUACACAGGAUGUCCACCGGUUGCUAAAAUUAUUAUGGCUGCUGCAGCAAAACAUUUGACCCCGGUUACUUUGGAGCUCGGAGGAAAAUGCCCUGUCGUGGUCGAAGAUGACGCGGACAUUGAGAUCUCCGCGCAGAGAAUCGCCAGAGGCAAGUGGUUGAAUUGUGGGCAGACCUGUCUCGCGCCGGAUUACAUUUUGGUUAGCAGUGCCACAAAACCAAAGUUCGUCGCUGCGAUCCAAAAAUGCUUAAAAGAGUUCUACGGCGGAAAUGCCAAGGAGAGCAAAGACUACUCCAGAGUCAUCAAUCAGAGACAUUUUGACCGCAUAUCCGCACUUCUGGAUGAAUCGAAGGGAGUCGUGCUUGCUGGAAAUGAAGAAUCCCGUGAUCGCUCGGAUCGUUUCAUUCCACCAACAGUCCUUGACGUCGAAAAAACAGAUCCAUUUAUGCAUGAUGAAAUUUUUGGGCCAGUUCUGCCAAUUAUCACUGUCAAAAACCUCUGCGAAUCCAUUGAUUUUAUAAAUAAAGGCGAGAAACCAUUGGCUGCCUACAUUUUCACCAAGGAUGAAGCCAAAGUUCAGAGAUUCCUAAAUGAAACUACAAGUGGUGGUGUAACUGUUAAUGACGUCAUUAUGCAUGUUGCUGUUAUAACCCUGCCAUUCGGAGGAGUCGGAGUAUCCGGAAUGGGACGGUACCGUGGAAAGUUCGGAUUCGACACCUUCACCCAUGAGAAAUCGGUCCUUCAAAGAGUUUUUGCUUAAAAGUUUAGUGAUGUAUGAAUAAUUCAAAUUUUAUAAGACUUAGAUGCAAAUAAAGCGUAUUGUUAA